GAGGGCAUAAGGGGCAGGUGAGACAGGAAGACGGGCUCACUAACCUAUUUUUGUUUCAGAGCAGAGCAGUUUUUCUUUGUUGCAGGAAUGGCUCCAAGGAACAGGAAAAUUCCUGAGAAAUUGUGAAAGAACUUUGGAUGUGGAAGUCUCAAUCAUUGCUAAAUUGCUAGCUGUAACAUUUAAAUAGGGGCUCCAGACCUUACGGAAGCUGUAGAGGCUCAAAAAGUAUACGCCCUAAUGUUAUUGCGAUCACGGACAACAGGAUAGGAGAUUCAUGCUGGAUAGUUACUGAAGUAUAACUGUUACCAGAGCACUGAAGAAGUAAGCUGAAGAAAUUGUAAGAUGGAAUUUAAAAUUGAGCAUGAGUGGAACAGUGUGACUGUAUCGCAUGAACCAGUUACGAUUUGGCUGAAAAAUCAGGAUGAUGGCCUUCGCAUGGAUGUACGUGCUCCAUUCUUUAAUGACCCUCCUGCACCUCCUGGACCUAGUGGCCAGCCUUUCCCUGGGCUCUGGGAUUAUGAAGUGGUUGAAGCAUUUUUCUUAAAUGGCCAGACGGGACAAUAUCUAGAGGUUGAGAUUUGUCCACACGGGCAGCAUUUGGUGUUGCUUCUUUCACAACGCAGACAUAUUUGGAAGGAAUCGCUUCCAUUGUCUCUUCAAGUAACUAGAACAGAUGGGGUAUGGGAAGGCAGUGCCCUUCUCCCAUGGGAUUAUUUCCCCCCUUCAGUGGAUAGAUUUAAUGCUUAUGCAAUCCACGGCUCUGGGGAAAAGAGAACGUAUGAGUCACUUUAUCCCGUUCCUGAGAAUGAGUUACAAGAAGGGCAGCAGCCUGAUUUCCAUCGCUUGGAGUACUUCAGACCACUGAAUUUAAGUUCACUUGGCGGUGAAAAAUGGAAACAGCCUAAAUCCAGCCUGUGGGACAUAUAACCUGCUUUAAGAUCUACAUUUACACUUUGCUUGCUUUUUUGUGAACAGCGAAAAAAUUCAUCAACCCGUCAUAUGCCUUUUAUAUUUUUUUAUCACCUUGCUUAAGAUACUAUUUUUAUUUUCAGAUAUUGUGCUAUGUGUUGCAUUGUUUCCUGCUCUGAGAUUUUUAUGUGCAAACUUAAUAUGCCUGUUUAUUUUAAUUAAUAUUGCAACUCCAUUCAUGAAUUGGCCAUAGGCAUGAAAAGGUCAGCUCCCUUUGAAAGCCAUGUAAACAUAAUACAAUAUAACACAUACUUAAAGGGACAGUCUACUCAAAAUUAAACUUUCAUGAUUCAGAUAGGACAUGCAAUUUUAAACAAUUAGGCCAGGUGAGAGACAUGGUGGCGGUGUUGGAAUUAUACUCUCCCCCUCCUGCUUCUAUCAGCACCUGCAUCCUCAUCCGUCUCUUUCUCCUCCUUUGAAGUCCACUCCAUCUGCCUAUUCUCCCCCCUCUCACUCGGAGUGACAGUUAUCUGUCAUCCCCCUGGACCAACCUGUCUUAUUUGCUGGUGACUCCUCCUCUUCAUUGCCUCUGUCUGUUGGAGUACCUCAAGGCUCUGUUCUAGGCCCUCUACUCUUCUCUAUCUAUAAUCCUUUACUGGGUAAACUUAUCAGUAGCUUUGGCUUCAACUAUCACCUCUAUGCUGAUGCUACUCAGAUCUACCUAUCCACCCCUGCACUCUCUCCUUCUGUCCUUUCCCACAUUAGCGACUGCUUAUCUGGCAUUUCUUCCUGAAUGGUCUCUCACCACCUAAAAAUCAGCAUGUCCAUGACUGUGCUUCUUCUUAUCCCUCCAUCUAAUUCUACUCCAGUUUCUAACUUUACUAUCACUGUUGGCGACACCACUAUCUCCCCAUCACCCCAAGUCUGCUGCCUAGGAGUUACAUUUGACUCCAAGCUGUCCUUCAUACCCCACAUCCAAUUGAUCUCUUCAUCCUGUCGCAACCACCUACACAAUAUCUCCAAAAUUCAUCCUUUUCUGAGUGCUGAAGCUACUAAACAGCUAAUCCAUUCCCUAGUAAUUUCCCGGAUUGACUACUGUAAUAACCUACUAACUGGCCUUCCUCUCUCCCACCUCCCCCCCCCCCCUUCAUUCCAUCCUAAAUGCCUCUGCUAGGCUAAUUCACCUCUCCCAAUGCUCUGUAUCUGCUUUACUCCUCUGUGAGUCCCUUCACUGGCUCCCCAUUCAUAGCAGAAUUAAAUUCAAAAUUCUCACUCUAACCUACAAAGCCCUUACUAAUGCAGCCCCCUCUACCUGUCCUCACUCAUCAACAAAUAUACUCCAGCCCCCUAAUAUCCAACAAUAUUUUACUCCUUGCUUCUUCUACCAUCACCUCCUCCCAUGCUAGACUACAGGACUUCUCUCGUGCGGCAUCAACUCUCUGGAACGCACUUCCUUAAGCUGCCAGACAUUCUCCCAAACUUUCCUCCUUUAAAAGCUCCCUAAAGACCUUCUUGUUCAGGGAAGCCUAUCACCAAAUCAGUAACUAAUGAAUUCCACUUGCCUAAUAGUUGCCCUCAUCUAACUCCACACUAAUAUUAUUCUCACCUUUGCAGUCCCCACUUACUGUUUUUCACCCUCCUACCCAUCUAGAUUGUAUGUUCCCCUGUUUUUGUUUGUUAAAUAUUCUCUGAUGUCUCAUAUUGUAUACUUUUAUCUUUGUUACCCAUGGAGAGUGCUGCGGAAUCUGUUGGCGCUUUAUAAAUAAAUACUAAUAAUAAUAAAACAA